GCCGUCUUCUGCUGCGGCUUCCGCGACCACAAGUACUGCUGCGACGACCCGCACAGCCUCUCCCCCUACGAGCACAGCUACAUGUGGUGGCUCAGUAUUGGUGCUCUUCUGGGCCUGUCCAUAGCAGCAGUGGUCCUCCCGGCCUUCAUUGUCACUGCCUGUGUGCUUUGUUACCUGUUCAUCAGCUCAAAACCCCACACAAAGUUGGACCCAGGAUUAAGCUUACAGACUACAGACCCUGAUGAGGUACUGCCUGACCGCCAAGGUGGGAACAUGGGCAAUUCAGUGGAGGUGCCCGGAGUGAGCCCUCUCGGGCAGACAUCCUUCCUGAACCCAUGGCUGGACUGCAAUGGAGAGCAGGCUGUGGACCCCAAACGCCUCCUCCAGCACUUUAUGGCUACAGUGACAGCCGGUGACAUUCCGGGCAGCCCUGAGGAGGCCCCUGUCCCCAGUCUAGACCCAGCUCCACAAACACCCAAGCUAAGCUCUUCUGGAUUCUCUCUUCUUGGUAAAAAGGUGAUGCUGACGCUGCUGGGCUGGGACCACCCUUUGAGCACGACCGGCCUGGAAGAAUAA